UUCAAGGACUUCAAAGCGAAAACUAUGAUUAACUCCGAUUUAAAAAGUUCACCUACUUUUAACCAGCGUAAUUUUCCCCAUUCCAUUACUUUCUCCUUCAGUCAUCCGGUGCCGCCAAAUAAAAGACUAACGGAGCUAAAAAAGAACAUAACAAAGAUUUAUUUGUGAUUUUAUGGUCGAAAAUUAAAAUUCUUUUUAAAUGUUUAUGAAUAAAGGAAGUCACACCUUUUCCAUGGCCUUCUGACAUCAUUGGAUCCAAAGUAUAUAUAGGGGGUACCAGUCUGUGAUCAAAGCAGAUCAAUAUUCUCCCAACGAAACGAUCUCAUCUUCAGGUGGAACGGAGUUCAAUCUAAAAUUCAUCAGGAUCAUGAAAUUCACUCAGUUCGCAGUUGCAAUCAUCACAUUGCUCGGAUAUGUUAGGGCAUCUGGAUAUGGUAUAGGAGGAGGAUUCGGCGGAGGAAUGGGAGGAGGAUAUGGCGGAGCAAUGGGAGGUGGAUAUGGAGGUGGAGCGGGAGGAAAUGGUGGAAUGUUUGCGCCUAAACCUUUUAACUUUGGCUACAAUGCUAGAGAUGAACAAGGUAAUAACCAUUACAGAAGCGAGAAAGGUGAUUCCAGUGGGAACGUACGUGGUUCAUAUGGGUACACCGAUCAGCAGGGAUUAUACCGUGUUGUUGAAUAUGUAGCCGGUCCACAAGGAUUUCAAGCUGAUGUCAAAACCAAUGAACCAGGAACAGACAAUAAAAGCCCAGCAGAUGUUAAUAUGUCUGCUCAACAACCACCAGCUGGUGUUCAAGAAAAAUACACACGUAGAGGAGGAUCUGGAGGUUUUGGUGGUUAUGGCGGCGGAUAUGGUGGAAUGGGAGGUGGAUAUGGCGGAUCUGGAGGAAUGGGAGGUGGAUAUGGCGGAUACGGCGGAGGAAUGAUGGGAAAAAGCCUCGGAGGCGGAAUGGGCGGUGGAUAUGGAGGCUCAUUUAGUGGUGGAGCUGGAGGCAUAGGAGGCGGAGGCUUAUUUGCUGGAAUCGGGAUGGGUGGCAAGAAAAGCGGUUAUUAGAAGCCUAAAACGAAUCUAUUCUUUUUGAAUUCUCAACCUACCGAAAAUAAUGUAUUCCAUUUGCUUAAGGUUUCUUGUCCAAAAUUUAGUGUAUGCGCGAAUAUUUUUUCCCUCUGAAUUUAAAGCUCUAUAAAAAGAAGCCUUCCUAAGGGCAAAAAAUUAGGCAACUCUCAAACGCAAAUUUGUACAAAAAUGAAGCAAUUGGGAAGUAUUUUAGUUAUACAGCAUACUAAAACUCAUUCAUUCAGCUUAAUAAAAUGCUUGCAAAAGUGCAGUCUUUUAUAUAAAAAUUAAAACUUCGGACUGGAAUGUUUAAAGCUAUAAAUACUCGUAAAUAAGAAAGGGUAAUUGCGGAUGCUAAAAAUAAAUUGUUAAUUACCUACAAAAGUAUAAAAUUUUGAAUGUGAAGGCUAAUUCAGAUUCCUACCUUUAAAAAGUAUCUAAAGCGAAAUUCAAAGUACUUAAUUUUCUUCCCAUGAAAUAUAUCAGGCUACUCUUGCUUCUAUUAUUCUUCCUUUGCUGUACCUAUAAUUGCUUUUCACUAUAAAUGCAGUAGCUUGCUGGUUUAUUUUUGUGCCAAAAAAAAAAAAAAAAUAAAUAAAUAAAAAGGUGACUCAUUAGUUGUUAUUUGCUUAAAAAUUUAUUACAACAUUGCUACGCUAGAUGGCGCCACGUCCAAGCGCAUUAGUUAUUCACUUUGCCACACUAAAUGUGAUAUUUAAGCAAUUAUUUAUUAGAAUUGCCAAUUCUUUUGUUGGAAGUCUUAUGUUUUGAGGUUCAUAUAUAUACAUGGGUUAGUGCAAUUUCAUGUGUUUCCUUUCAGGGUAUCAUUGUUUUAUAUACUUCAUCUUCUGUAGUAGUGCUUGAAAUAUGUGAUCAAUAAAUUGAUUAAAAA